CAUUGGUGUGACUAGGUACCGACAAGUGUUCGAGAUGGCAGAAAUGGCAUCUUUUUAUAUCUUUCACGAUUACAGAUUAUUGAGCUAUCCAAUCUACCAAAAUGAUUUGAAACCCCUCUUUGCGUUGGGCCUGAAGACCAAAGCAAAGCAUCUCUGAGGCAAGGUACGGUACUGCCGGAUGCACUAACAGCUACCUAGGUACCUGGACAUCAACAGUCCCAGGGCAGGGCAUAUUCUCCACCACUCUUCCUCAACCUCACUUCACCUGCUUCAACUCACCUCGGUCGAAGUGAGCUCCAGGCUCACAACCCCUUCACAACCCGUCAUGCACAGAUCCCGGGCUCUGGUGCGGCAAACAUGUCGCCUUUCAUCCCUACAACCAGUGUCGCCCGUUGCGCUUCAUCAUGUACGGCCUUCGAUACCAUCUCCCCAAUCAUCCUCGUGGAGCUCGCCAAGUAGCCAUGGCCAAGCGUCAUCACAGCAACGAUGUUCCUACGCCAAAGCCGCCAAAAUGCAGCGGAGAAGAGCUGAAACGGGUCGCUAUUUCGAAGAGUACCAAGGUCCCACCCUCGAACAAUGGGAGUUCCUCGUCCACCAUCUCCAGACGCCCAACCUGAGAGCGCAAGAUUGCCUUGAGACUGUCCUCGCCUACAUGGUCGUGGCCGUCAAGCACGAGUCGACAUGGAAGACGCGCAUGAUGCGCGAGGACUACUUCCCCAUCUCGCGUCUCUACUACUGCGCCUUCCUGCUUGUCCACCCGCACUUUGAGGUGCCGGCCUUCUGGCAGAUGGGCAUGCACAUCCUGCACAUGCUGUCCACGCUCAACUACCCGCCCGCCAUCCUGACCAUGUACCGCUACUUUGAGGCGAUCGCCCGCCGCCGCGACCCCAAAAGCGAGACGUACCGCUACAUCCAGACCAAGUACCAGGAGCUGCUGAACAAGAACGACGCCAACGCCUGCACCUGGAAGGCCGUCGAGCUGUGGGACCCCAAAAAGCCCGAGAUCGCGCUGAUGUACCUGAACAAGGCCAUGGAGGGCUACAAGCGGAGUCCGGGCAGGUACAAGGUCGAGCCCCUUGUCUCCCACGCCUUGGAAGGCGGCAAGAGUGAGAGGCUUCCGUUCCUGGUCAAGACGUUGAGCUUCUUCAGCGACCUGAAGGAGACGAUGCUGGGCUUGGUGGUUCGCAAAGAGACCAGCGCGUACGCACGGUUCAGGCGAGAGAGGCUCGAGAAGUUGUUGCGGCUGGACAAGCGACCUGCGCGCGUGCCGCUCUGGACGUGGGAGGGCAUGUACCGUGUCAGGAAGGGGAUGGCGCUGUCGAUGAUGGGGGAGAUCAGCGCAGCCGUUAAGGAGCUGCGGAUCGCGGCCGACGAGCUGGAUGUGGAGCAAGGACAUUAUGCGCUUGCGGUUCUGAUGCAGAUGGAGGCUGAGAAGAUGAAUGAAUUUAUCAAGACCGAGGGGGAAGAAGAGGUGCUCCAGUUGUCGGAUGCUUUUAUCAACUUCUACAACGGUGCAGAUAUUAUGGAGGAGACUCUGGCUGGGGCUGUGCGGCUCUUGAAUGAGGAGGCGGAGCUGCGAUUCAAGAGAGCGGCGCAAGGCGGCGAUGAGAAGGCGGCAGGAAAGCUGGAGCGCCUUUGCAAGACGAGAUUGGACGAGCCCGGGCUUUCCAAGAUGGAGAGGGAGACGUAUAAGCUGGCUGCCAAGGAAUGGGCUGAGCUCUCAGGCAUUGGAAAAUCGGUGUACGAUGAGUUGCAGAAGAACACCGGCCCAAUUUUUGCUGAUCCCAAGCCGAAGUACUAGAACAUCAAAGGAGUCUGCCCCGGCGUAGUCAGGGAGGCGGACGACUGUUGGUUCCCCAGAGACGAAAGCCACGAAAUUCACACCAUUGAUAUCAUAUUCAAUAUCAGCAGAUAAGCCAGAAGCUAGUGAAAUCUUUCUACGAGGAAAAGUGCCGCUGUCUCACCGCUCCAGCACUCAUCUCACCGUUCCUUAUGGCCUUCCAGCCGUUUGUUACCAUCAUCACCUCCAUCUGCUCCUUGACUUGUACCUCCCCGG